UUCAUCCUCGUCAACUGCCACCCUGUCUUCCUCUCCUUCUUUUUCUCAUUUGCAUUCAGUCUUCAAACACCACACAAUAUUUUACCGAUAUUUUCAUGUCUCAAUCACUCGUGAUAACUUUCCCUCCCUCAGUAUCUCGUGAUAACGAAUAACAAUAAAGAAAAAAAGAACAAUGGAGCGAGGAUGAAGAAGCAGACUCAAACUGAAAUCUGGUUCUUCUUUUCACUGGUCUUCACUCGUCUCAUGCUGCAACCAGUUUCUUUCAAAGUUAACAAAAAAACCACUUAAUUCUCUUUUAUUGCAUUGUUCUGCCUCUCUAUCUCUCUAUCUCUCUCAUUCACUUCCAAUUGCAACAACCCAAACCUUUCUUUUUCUGAAACAAACCCCUUUUAUUAAUUAUUUAUUACUAUUGAAUUAAAUAAACAUUAUCUUCAUUUUCUUAUAUUUAAUGAAUACAUCUUUUCUCAUUCCACAUCUCUCUUCUAUUAAUUAAUCCUCCUUCAUGGACCUGUUUCUUUCUCAGUUUCAGAGCUCUUUCUACCUUCGCUUACCUUCCUCGCUUUCAUUUUUUUAAGAACCCUAAAUUAUUAUUCAGCUGGUGUAGUUUUCAAAUGCACUUUCUGUUCUAAUGAACCAGUGAAAUAAGAAGCCAAAGAGAGAUAGAGAGAGUGACAGAGAGAGAGAAGGUUUCAAAAUGCGUGUCAAGGAAAUGCACCCCUUGUGCUGCAUCUCGCUGGAAAGUCCGGGGAUCGGGAGCGACUCUCCGGAGCCCGAGGCUGCCGCGUUAUCCAGGACCAGGAGUCUCCCGGCCGGUGGAUCUGACGGCAUUGCACGGAGGGGAUCCGAGGACACGGUGGCCGGAGUUCUCUACAAGUGGACCAAUUACGGCAAGGGAUGGAGAUCCCGCUGGUUCCUCCUCCGCAAUGGUGUCCUCUCUUAUGCCAAGAUCUGCUGGCCGGAAAACCUCAACCUCCUCUCUCCAGUGGAUGAGGUGCGUCUCAUCGGAGAAGUCACCGCCAACCGACUUGCCAGAGAUGCUGCUACCAUAAGGCGGAAGAGUCACAAACCUCCUUCCUCUUCUGCCGUAGUGCAUCUCAAGCCCACCAGUGCGAAAAGUCUAACGAAAAUAACACCAAUCUGGAAACUGGAAUCUAGCAGCAACUUGCAUUGGUUUUGCCUUUCAAAGGUCAACAACUCUUCUUCUCCCCGGAUAAAAGGGAAAAACAAAAGGAAGUUGGAGACAAUCUCGUCAUUCAGAGAGAGCAAGUCGGACGAUAGACGGUUCUAUAUAUUCACAGCAACAAAAACUCUCCAUCUGAGAACUGAUUCAAGGAAGGACCGUGUGGCGUGGAUUCAAGCUUUGGUUUCAACCCGAGAAUUAUAUCCACUUCGACCACUCAGCGACCAUCUGUCCCUCGCACCGAAUCAUAUAUCUGUAUCAACCGAAAGGCUUAAGAAACGCUUACUUGAAGAGGGUAGCAGUGAGAGCCUUGUCAAAGAGUGCGAGCAAAUCAUGUUUGCCGAGUUCUCUGAAUUACAAGAGCAACUUCAUAUACUAUGUCAAGAGCGAAGGAAUUUGCUUGAUACAAUAAGGCAGCUGGAGGCUGCUAAUAUUGAACCUGAGGCCUCUGCCUUGCACGACAGUGAAUACCAAUUAACGAAGAAUGGCUUUUCAAGUUUAGGACAUGGAAAAUAUAGCGAAUGCAGUACUACUGAAUCAUCGGAUGAUAUUGAGAAACAGGAGAUGGAGGAAGUGUCAGAUGAAGAUGAAAUCUCAUAUUAUGACACUAAAGAGUACUUUACAGAACUUGGUUUUAGGUGUGGGUCCACAGGAGCUUUGGAUCCAAUGAGCAUGUCUGGGGAAGCUAACACACAGUCCAUUGAUUUGGAGAACAAUCACGUUGGGGAGACGGUCAAUGGUUUUGGGUACCCUCAGAUAGCAAGGCGAAAGAAGCUUCCAGAUCCUGUUGAGAAGGAAAAGGGCGUUAGUCUUUGGUCAAUUAUCAAAGACAACGUGGGCAAAGAUCUCACACGAGUGUGUCUUCCUGUAUACUUUAAUGAGCCAAUUUCAUCUCUUCAGAAAUGUUUUGAGGACUUGGAGUACUCCUUUCUUCUCGAUAGAGCUUAUGAGUACGGGAAAGCGGGAAACGGUCUCCUUCGGGCCCUGAAUGUUGCUGCCUUUGCUGUUUCUGGAUAUGCAUCAUCCGAAGGUCGUCAUUGUAAACCCUUUAAUCCGUUGUUAGGGGAAACUUAUGAAGCGGAUUAUCCUGACAAAGGAGUUCGUUUCUUUUCCGAGAAGGUGAGUCACCAUCCAACUGUCGUUGCCUGCCACUGUCAAGGUAGAGGAUGGAAGUUUUGGGCUGACAGUAACAUUCGGUCAAAAUUUUGGGGAAGGUCAAUUCAGCUUGACCCAGUGGGUGUUCUGACCCUGGAGUUUGAUGACGGUGAAAUAUUUCAGUGGAGCAAGGUCACGACAACAAUUUAUAAUCUUAUCCUUGGGAAAAUAUAUUGCGAUCAUCAUGGAAACAUGGACAUCCGUGGUAAUCGCCAAUAUUCGUGCAGACUUAAGUUCAAAGAACAGACGAUUCUUGAUCGAAAUCCCCACCAGGUGCAUGGCUUUGUUGAAGAUGUAACGGGAAAAAAGGUUGCCACAUUGUUUGGCAAGUGGGAUGACAGCAUGUAUUAUGUUAAUGGUGAAGCGAAUGUGAAACCGAAAGAUUGCACUUUGUCAGACGCAAAUUUGUUGUGGAAAAGAACUAAGCCACCUUCUAAUCUCACCCGGUACAAUCUGACAUCAUUUGCAAUCACACUGAAUGAGCUUACUCCUGGGCUAAAGGAGAAGCUUCCACCCACGGAUUCCAGGCUGAGACCAGAUCAGCGGCAUCUAGAGGAUGGGGAAUACGAGAAGGCUAAUAUCGAAAAACAAAGGUUGGAAAAGAGGCAAAGAAUGUCAAGGAAAAUGCAAGAAAAUGGAUGGCAACCUAGGUGGUUUCGCAGAGAAGGUGAAAACGGAACGUUUCGAUAUAUAGGCGGGUAUUGGGAAGCGAGAGCUCUAGGAAGAUGGAAUGGAUGCCCAAAUAUCUUCGGUGAAGUUUAUGAAGGAAAUUUUGAUCCUUUAGGUGCAUCUUGAUUUUAGUUCAGAUAGCGAUAAUAAUGAAUGCAAAAUUGUGUGUGGAGGGUUUCCUCGAACCUUCUUGCAUGGCAGCAAAUUAUUUUUGCUGAAUCGAAGGGAGGGUAGCCUUUGGGAACCUUCGGAAACGAGGACAGGUUUGUGGAUUGCCCUUGUCUUACACGAAUUUAAUAACAAAAACAAGGAAAGGGAUAACAUAUACAACAUCAGGCGAUUCCAUCUGAGAGUUACUUUCCGAACUUAAAUGAUUUUAAUCGCCUGCGGCUGCUGAAAUUUGUAAUUAGCCUAAUGGACCUAGCAUUACACGUACACAGCUUUUCAGCAGAAAGCACUGUACUGAGAAUAUCAACCGAGGCUGUUACUUCAACUAGAUGAGAAUAUAUUUGAGCAAAGUUUUCAGCUUAGUAACACUUGUUUUAUUAGUUUGUCUAGAUUGUCAGUUUCUUUUUCUUAAAUUUUGCUAGUUAUGUAAUUAUUUGGGGUGUUAGUUCUAUCUUGAUCCUGAUGAUAUAGUCACUGACUUAGCCCAAAGGCAAUCAAUUUAUUUCGUAUUUGUUUUGAUUUUCUAAUUAAUAAAUGGACGACUUGUGUUAUCUCC